AUGGCAGGCUCCGGUUCCAAUUGGAAGUACUACCUUUGGAUUUUGACAGUCUUGUGCAGGUCGCUGUUGCCCUUUGCCAAAUCGUUGGAAUCGGUGAUUUGGAACUCGCAAAACCCCAAAUUUCAGUAUGGGAAGGGCUUGGUGAUCUACCCAGAGAUAGGGGACAAGCUGGACAUUAUCUGCCCAAAGGCAGACAUGGGGCGGCCAUAUGAGUUUUACAAACUGUACCUGGUGAAGAAGGACCAGGCAGACCAGUGCAGCACGGUCAUGGACCCCAAUGUGUUGGUCAACUGCAAUAAACCUGAGAAGGACAUCAAAUUCACCAUCAAGUUUCAGGAGUUCAGUCCAAACUACAUGGGCCUGGAGUUCAAAAAGAACAUCAACUACUUCAUCACAUCCACAUCGAAUGGGACCCUGGAGGGCCUGGAGAACAGGGAAGGAGGGGUCUGCAACACCCUCUCCAUGAAGAUCGUCAUGAAAGUGGGACAGGACCCAAACACAGUUGUACCGGACCCAGUUAUAACAGACAAGCCAAGCCAAGACCAGGACAACACUGUGAAGGAGACAACCACCAGCCCAAAUAAGAAAAAGGGGGGCAGUGGUGGGGUUGUGGAGCCAGGCAACAAAGUUCCAUCCACAGACACCAUGAACCAGGACAACAAGUCCAACUCAGCAGAGGGCAUUUUUGCCUCCAAGCCAGCGCUGUUUGCUGCCAUCGGGGCGGGAUGCGUCAUCUUCCUGCUGAUCAUCAUCAUCCUCAUCGUCCUGCUGAUCAAGCUGAGGAAGAGGAACCGCAAGCACACCCAGCAGCGGACCACCGCUCUGUCACUCAGCACGCUGGCCAGCCCCAAGUGCUCUGGGAACGCUGGCUCAGAACCCAGUGACAUCAUCAUCCCUCUACGGACUACAGAAAACAACUACUGCCCCCAUUACGAGAAGGUGAGCGGGGACUACGGCCAUCCGGUUUAUAUAGUCCAGGAGAUGCCCCCGCAAAGCCCAGCCAACAUCUACUACAAGGUCUGA